CUAUCUCCAAGUCGCCGGCCAAGGCGAAUUCCUCACCGUACACAAGUACGUCUCAGCCGUACACCCGUGGCUGAUGGCCAUACGCGAUACCCUCGUGGACGUCCUGGACAAGGUAGAUAGCCCGGCCAAGCGGCCGCCUGAGACCAAGCUGGCUGUCUUGUAUCUCGGGCCGUUGUAUAUCGGCCAUGAGGACAAGUGGGCCUGGUGGCAUAAGAAGCCGCCUGUGCCUCGCCCUACAGGCGAUCAACCUUCGGGUGAGGAGCGCCAUCGUAGGGCUAUGGAGAGGGCGAUGGCAAGGUCUGCGGCAAUGAUACGCGCGCGAGAGGAGGAGGCGGUAUGAGUAGCCGAGACGGAGAAAGAAAAGUAAUCCAGGACGGUCUACUAUGUCUUAAAG